CUGAUCAUCGUAGUGAGGCUGACUGCAGGACCCGAGACCCAAGGAGCUACUGCUUGAAACGCCCUGCAUCCUCCCCUACCUUCCAAUCUCCAUCUCUCUCUCUAUCCUGCAUGUGAAGCAUGGAUUCGAUUUACAUUUUCCUCGUCCUGCUUGUUUCCCAAACCUAUUUUCUAACCUCUGCAGACAGGAAAUUCGGGAGAAAUCGCAGAGAAUCACUGUAGGCCAUCAGGAUGCGUUUGAGGUUUGAUGUCUUUCUAUCACUAAGAUGGUGAGGGUCAGGGAAAAGCCUUUUUCAAUGUUGGAUGGAGGACCGAGGUUGUCUGUUUGAGAACGAGUUGUGCACUCCAUACGAGAUCUGUGUCAACGAUGGAAUGUUCGGGAGGUGUCACUCCAUGCCAGUUCCGGUGACAGAGGUGUACACCUAUGAUGUAUCUCUGUCUGUGGUUCAGCGCUUCAGGACACUGCUGCAGAAACUCUCCCACAGAGGGUUGAUCUGGGAGGAUGAGGCCAGCCAGCAGAUCCUGUCCAAGGAGCUGUCUAAGCUGAGAAAGAUCCCCUACAGACGCCUACAGGACUCCAUCCCCCAUGUCUAUAGCAGCAGCAAAUCCAGACCCUCUACCCAGGCUAUGGACCCAGGAGACCAAAAGAUCAAGCCUGUGGAGGUGGAGCUCAGUAGAAACCUUCAGAACAUCCUGCAGCGUCUGGGCCUCCUUUCCCAGGCCUCGUCCCCCACUGGCCCCAAGAGUCCAAGCAAGAGUGACCAUUACCAAUCUGGCGUCUUCUCUGACUACUACCGGCCCAAGUCCCAGGGAGAGGGACAUUUUUCCCCACUGUCCUUCUUCCAGCCUCCCUACCAGGACAGACACUCUGCAGGGGAUGGAGACCUCCUUGUGGCUGCCCUCAGGCACUACCUGUCUGGGCAGGGACCAACCCAGACCGAGGGGGCCCCCAAGGUCCCAACCUUGCCCUCCCCUCUUCUACACCCCUCCUACAGCAACAGUAUAGACAGUGUUGGGCCUAAAGAGAACUCUCAAUCCCAAACACCCAACCUGGAUAGACGUUUACUCCUCCAGACAGCUGGAGCCAGUCAACCCUCUGGUCCAAAAGAACCCUUCAGUCCAGUGGAUGAGGUGUUCAUCCAGAAGGUUCUGAAGAACGUGGGCAGACACAAUGUGGACGUGGAUGACAUGAGUCCAAAAGACCUGGACCAGCUGUCUACACUGAUCGCUAAUGCCCUACAGGUAGUGGAUCAAAAACAGCCUCAGGCCAGACCAGGACCAAGAGACCUGGGGGAGGAAGAGGAGCAGGAGGAUGAGGAAGGGAAUGAGGGGCCUGGAGAACAGGGGCCUGGGGAACAGGAGGAGGAGAAGGAGGAGGGUGACCUUCCAUUCGCCACAGAGAAAACGGCUCCAGAGAGCACUCCCCUAGAGGAGUCUGUGGUCCAAGAGCGACAAAUGGAGGGAGACAGAGAGCCAGCAGGCUCCAAUGACAAGCCCCAGGUUGCCGCCGGCUUAUUUGGAAAGCUUCUGGCGUACCUGGAUAAGAGUGAGUCCCCAGCCCAGAGACUCCAGGAAGAUUUCCCCGGUCAGGCUGGUGUGGGUGCAGAGCUGGGCGAGGGCAGGGGCGUCGGUCUGGAGAAUGUCCGCAGUAAGACCACUCAGUCCGAGGUGGCAGUGGAAAAGAAGUCGACCCACUCAAUGGACGUGGAGGAGGUGGCUGCGGUGGAGGGCUGGAUCCAGGCAGUGGAGCCUCCUGCUGCCAAGAUGGUCUACCAGGAGCCCCUUAAGAAGAAAGUCAACGUCCAGGAGCUGCAGCUAGAUGUCAAAGCUGCUGUGGACACGAAGAAGACUGAUGAUGACUACGGCUAUGUCAUCACUGACACAGACGCGCUACAGACUGAUGAGGGACUCCACUUGAUGGAGAUUCUGGCACGGCGGGCCAAGCUGCAGAUGACUGACUUCCUGGAGCUCUCAGUGGUGGGCCCAGCUGUGACCUUCAGAGUACGACCUAAUACCCAGAAUGUCAGCACUGCAGAUGUGGCCAACAUAGCAGUUCGCCAGAAGGAUGCAGUGGAGAAGGAGGCCAAGGUGAUCAUUCUGGAGGCUGGAAUCACAGAUAGAAGCCAGAUCAACCAGAUUCCCACCAAGUACAGCACGGCCGAGUCCACCAAGUUCCUGAUCCUGACAGUGGUGUCUAUCCUGUGUAUCGUGGCUGUGCUGCUGGCCUCCACUGUGGUCUACUGUCUCCGACACCACUCUCACCACAAGCUCAAGGAGAAGCUCACCAACCUGGGAACAGACACAGGCAGCGAUGCUACAUCCACCUAUCAAGAACUGUGUCGUCAGCGGAUGUCGGUCAAGCAGCCGGCAGAGCGUCCGGAGCCGAUGCACAGUGUGGCGCCCCAGUUCGGCGACGGGGGGCCCAUCGUCAGCCCCUCGGCACGAAGCUCCACCUCCUCCUGGUCUGAGGAACCCGUCCACUCUAACAUGGACAUCUCCACUGGUCACAUGAUCCUGUUUUACAUGGAGGACCACCUGAAAAACCAAAAUCGUCUGGAGAAGGAGUGGGAGGCUCUGUGUGCGUACCAGGCUGAGCCCAACGCCUCUACUACAGGCCUGGGGGCCGGGAACACAAAGAAGAACCGCUCCAAUGCUGUGGUGGCCUAUGAUCACUCAAGAAUAACCUUGAAGGUUGAAAACAGCCAAGGCAGUUCAGAUUACAUCAAUGCCAGCCCAAUUAUGGACCACGACCCACGGAACCCAGCCUACAUUGCGACUCAAGGCCCUCUCCCCUCCACGGUGUCUGAUUUCUGGCAGAUGGUGUGGGAGAACGGCUGUGUGGUCAUUGUCAUGCUGACGCCCCUCACUGAGAGCGGAGUCAAACAGUGCUACCACUACUGGCCUGACGAGGGGUCCAACCUCUACCACAUCUAUGAGGUGAACCUGGUGUCGGAGCACAUCUGGUGUGAUGACUUCCUGGUUCGUAGUUUCUACCUGAAGAACAUGCAGACCAACGAGACUCGCACCGUCACGCAGUUCCACUUCCUCACCUGGCUCAACCAGAACGUCCCUGAGUCCAGCAGGACACUCCUGGACUUCCGCAGAAAGGUUAACAAGUGCUACCGGGGAAGGUCUUGUCCUAUAAUAGUCCACUGCAGCGACGGCGCCGGGAGGAGUGGAACAUACAUUCUGAUUGACAUGGUUCUCAAUAAGAUGGCUAAAGGUGCUAAGGAGAUUGAUAUUGCUGCCACCCUGGAGCACUUGAGGGACCAGCGGCCGGCUAUGGUCCAGACAAAGGAGCAGUUUGAGUUUGCAUUGACAGCUGUCGCAGAGGAGGUGAACGCCAUACUCAAAGCUCUUCCACAGUGAGAGGAGUACCCACUACCAAGCCUCAGCAGCAGCUCUCACCAGUGAUCUCUCUCCUUCCCUUCCUGUCUCCCACUCCACAACUCAUCCUCUCCACCUCUCCGUCUUUGUGGAUGUUGUGCGAGAAAGUGUGACCUGAUCUUAGAUGUGCAAUAUAACGCCUUUAUUUUUUGGUCUACGGAGCUUGUUUCCAAACAGACAAUUUAGUGCAUCAAGAAUUUGACUGAUUGAAAAAAAGUUUUAUCUGUUAAAUGAUUGGAAUAUAUUAAUCACCGAAAUCUUGUUUUUAGAUCUCUAUGUAUGUGUGAUUAAUGAUUAUAUUGGUCAUCACAUCUGUAUCAUAGGACAUAUUUAAGUUUGAUGUCUUUUUUCACUUUGGUCCCGUGUACUGAACCAUACCAUACCAUGAUAUGUAGAUCAGAAGGAAAACUGCUCAGUUAGGUCAAGUGAAUACUGAUAACAAUGAUGCUGAUGAUAAUUCUAGUUACCAUAGUGAUAAUGAUACCAAGCAAUAUGUGUUUCUUCAGAUUGUCGAGACCUGGGCAAAUAAGUGUAAGUUGUGGACGACGAUUGUGAGUAAACUAAGCUAACUAAUGUCAGUAAACUAAACGUAGUCAUGCUAAUGCCUGCCUCAAGUAAAGCAGUUCUAUGAAUUGGUGUGUGUACUGUAUGAUAUUGUCCUUUUGUAAAUAAAGCAGUUCUUCUAAAUCUGGAUGAACUUGUACAUGCAGCAACAAUGGCUUAAGUGUGAUUAUAAACUUGGUGGUCCGCGCCCUGAAUGCUGAAAGCCAUCGUAUAUCAGACUGUAUACCACGGGUAUGACAAAACGUUUAUUUUUACUGUUCUAAUUACAUCGGUAACCAGUUUAUAAUAGCAAUAAGGCACCUCAGGGGUUUGUUGUAUAUGGCCAGUAUACCACUGCUAAGGGCUCUGUCCCAGCACUCCGCAUUGCAUCGUGCAUAAGAACAGCCCUUAGCCGUGGUAUACUGGCCAUAUACCACAAACCCCCGAGGUCCCUUACUGCUAUUAGAAACUGCCACUGGAUGUCCAUGUGUCUUAUUAACAGCUGAGUCCAUAUCUGAUUCCCUAAUGGUACCCUAUUCCUUAUAUACAUUGCACUACUUUUGACCAGGGCUCUAUGUAGGGAAUAGGGUCCAAUUGGGGCCGUAGACCUGGCAGGUUCAUCUGCACUACAGGAGUACUGUCAGCUCUACCCCAACACUUUGUGCUUUGACAAGACUCAUACCAUUUAAAUCCCAAAAUCGUAUAUCAAUCUUCAUGUAUGUUGUGUCCGUUGGAUUGCAUUCUGUUUUGUACAUCCAGUAUGUUCUGAAUUGCAAAUGAUAUGACCUGGAAAUGAUAUGACCAGGCAUUGGUAGCAUACACUACCAAUGCCUGGCUAUUUCAAACUAUUAUUCGCCAGUAGUAUGUACAGUAUUUCCUUCAGCCUCAAAAUAUAUCCUAGUGAAACCCUGGUCACAUAUUUUGCUUAGCAGAUAUUACUUCACUUAUGUUUGACGAAAGAUAUGAUUGUACAUGAUGCAUCCCAUCAUUUCAUGUCACCAUUAAGACAGCCAGGGAGAUGACUAUUUACUUUGACAAGCCAAGGAUAUAUAAUCAUGCCAUUUGAGCCAUUCGAUUCUGAACAAUAGUAAUAGUGGCAGUACAGAGGAGGAAUAGUGGAUUGUUAUUACAUUUUGGCAUAAACUCCUUUUCCCUAUCACUGCUGUGUGUUCCAAAUGGCACCCGAAUCCCUUUAUUGUACACUUCCUUUGACUAGAGCCCUAUUGGACCUGGUCGAAAGUAGUGCACUAUGAAGGGAAUUGGGUACCAUUUGAAACGCAUCCAGAGUUAAAAAGUGGGCCAUGUUAAUGCUGUGUCCUAUACUGCAAAAACCUUUUAUCUUUCAACUAAUUUAUUUCAAGAGAAGCCUGGUCUGUUCCACUGAUCUGUAUGUAUAUAUUAUUAGUCAAAAACCAACAGAAGAUAUGUUGUUCUAUCACUGAAGAUAAACUAUUGUGAAUAAAGUUCCAUUACUGAGGGUG